AUGCCACCGAUAAGUCAUUUUUCAGAGACAAUGCUAGAGGUUACCUGCAAUGACCGAUUAGGGAAGAAGGUACGAGUUAAAUGUAACCCUGAUGAUACAGUUGGCGAUUUAAAAAAGUUGAUAGCAGCGCAAACUGGGACCAGAUAUGAUAAAAUCGUCCUAAAGAAAUGGUACACAGUGUUUAAAGACCACAUCAGACUAUCUGACUAUGAAAUUCACGAUGGGAUGAAUUUAGAGCUGUACUAUCAAUAG